GUCGUUCUUUACUCUGCCCCUCUUAAGCAUCAACCACAUUACGUUUAUUCAAUCUCUUCUAUCUUUCUAGCUUUAUCACUCAUUAUCCACUGACCAGUAAACGCGUCACAGUGCGCGAGUCGUCAGUAAUCGUUUUUUGCAAUUUCUGUUUAUUCAUUUUUGUCGAUGAAUUUGUCGCAUUUUUUUUACCUCUCCUCAAAUUUUUUCUCACAUAUUAGUUAUAAUAAGAUUCUUUCUUUAAUCAUAUUCUUUCAUUAUUAUUUAUCAAGUUGUUUUAUUUUUACCUUUUUCUAUUCUAUAAGUACAUCGCUUCACCCCCUUGCGUCCUUUUCAAUGAUACAUCGUCCUCGCUGCCGAACUGUCAUAUUUCUUCCACUCUAGUACCGGUGUUCAAUCUGUGCUCAAGUGUAUGCUAAAAAAGUUCAGCUAUUCAAUAUUCAAUAUUUUAUAGGAUGAUUUUCCAGGAUUAAAUUGAAUGAUAGAUAUGUUGGUUGAAAAAGUUAUUAAAACUAUGUAGAUAUUAACGGGACAUCAAUGUUCUGUGGCAUUGUUAAGUGACUGAAAUUUUAGUUUUAUUUGUUAAUUGUUCAUCGUUGAUUGAAAAAAUGCCUAGAAACUAUAUGACACACCCAAGUUUGUAUUACUUUGCACGACACAUGUGCCACAGUGGUUAGAGCAAUGGCGAGAUUUAGAACUCGUGUCUAGAUCAAUAACGUUCCGUGAAAAAUUCCACGAUGUGACUAGAUACUUACUGUAUUGUGUGAAUGAGUACUUCACGUAUUUAUUUUACUUUACUUGUAAAAAAUAAGAGAUAUUUAAUGGUUAUCUAUUUUUUUUUUUUUUUUUAGACAGAAUCGAACUAUAAUUGUGUCUAAAAGCGGAGAUAAGUCGAAUAACUGAACUGGUAGUUAUAAAGAAAGCGUUGCUAGAGACAACUUGCCUGGAUUAAAGUGUAAUCAGAUUUUUGAAGAGUAUUCAGCAUCAUGAUUGAUCCAAGUUCAUCUGAUGAAGAAAGCGAUGAAGAUCAGAACGUUCGUGGAUCAGCGAGUGAAGGACGAGGUGCCAGUAGUGGACAUGUUUCUCGGCGUCGUGGUAAUACUGGAGGCGGAGGCUCUGGUGCAGGCCCUGUCGGAAGUAAUGUUAGUGGGUUUACUGCAUCACCCGGAGGCCACAGCCAAGGUAGCAGUGGUUCACCAAGCUUACAUGGUGGAUCACAUGGCCGUCAAAUAGGGGGAGCUCAAGGUCAUCCAGCUCAGCAAGAAACUGCAGGCUCUGGAUUAGAUGUACCUAACUCAGCAAGUGCACGUAAUUCACUAUCACCAUCAAUGAGUGCCACUCAAGAUGCUGCCAAUUAUGCAAAAUCUGCGCAAAGGCCAACCAGCCCUUCACCGUCCGUUGCUAGCGAAAAAACUGAAGUUGAUUUACAAGACAAACAAGAACGUGAAGAAGAAGAAAGAAAAACUCGUAUACAACUUUACGUAUUUAUUUCGAGAUGUAUAGCUUAUCCAUUUAAUGCUAAACAACCUACAGAUAUGACUCGAAGACAAAUGAAAAUUACAAAACAACAACUGGAAACACUAUGUUCUCGUUUUCAGGCUUUCCUGAAAGGAGAGACUCAAAUUAUGGCAGAUGAAGCCUUCCACAAUGCCAUUCAGAAUUACUACGACGUAUUUCUGAAAUCAGAAAGAAUUGUGAAAAUAGUACAAAGCGGAGCUUGUUCCCAGUACGACUUUCGAGAGGUGUUCAGGAACAAUAUCGAAAAGCGUGUUCGCAGCCUCCCGGAAAUCGAUGGGUUGAGCAAAGAGACUGUUCUUACGUCCUGGCUGGCUAAAUUCGAUUGUAUUUUUAAAGGAACUGGUGACGAAGACACCAAAAGGCCAUCUAGGAUGCAACAGCAGUCUUUGAAUUCGGAGUUGAUAUUGUCGAAAGAGCAACUGUACGACAUGUUUCAACAAAUUCUUGGCAUAAAAAAAUUUGAGCAUCAGCUUCUGUUCAACGCCCUUCUGUUGGAUUCAGCCGACGAGCAGGCUGCCGCCAUCAGGAGGGAGCUGGACGGUCGCAUUCAGAAAGUUAACGAAAUGGAAAAGAACCGAAAGCUCAUGCCGAAAUUUCUCCUUAAGGAGAUGGAGUCGCUCUACAUUGAGGAGCUCAAGUCGUCUAUCAAUCUACUAAUGACUAAUUUGGAGUCAUUACCGGUCUCCAAGGGUUCGAUAGACAGCAAAUAUGGGUUGCAGAAGCUGAAGCGCCGUAGUGACCGCUCCCGCUACCGCACCCAGGGCUCUCUCGCUAAAUUGGAGAGCGACUCCGCCGAUUCCGAUCCGCAACUCACUAAAAUGGACGUGGGUUUGAGUUUUUCUAUGGAAGUUGUUGUCAUGGAGGUUAAAGGUCUCACAAGCCUUGCGCCAAAUCGCAUUGUGUAUUGCACUAUGGAAGUCGAGGGUGGUGAGAAGCUACAAACUGAUCAAGCUGAAGCUUCGAAGCCAAUGUGGGAUACUCAGGGUGAUUUUACAACGAUGCAUCCAUUACCAGUAGUCAAAGUCCGCCUAUAUACAGAAAAUCCUGCAAUGCUGGCGCUCGAAGACAAGAAAUUGGGCGAAGUAAUACUACGGCCAACUCCGUUGUCCUCAAAGGUACCCGAAUGGCACCGUAUGACUGUCGCAAAAAAAGAUCCAGAUCAAGAUUUAAAAAUCAAAAUAGCUUGUCGAAUGGAUAAACCACUGAAUAUGAAACAUUGCGGCCAUCUCUAUGCUAUGGGAAAAUCAGUAUGGAAAAAAUGGAAGAAACGGUACUAUGCUUUAGUCCAAGUCUCGCAGUACACAUUUGCGAUGUGCUCAUAUAAAGAAAAAAAAAGUGAGCCGUCGGAAAUGAUGCAGCUCGAUGGCUAUACAGUGGACUAUAUUGAAGCCGUUUCUGCUAAUAUUAUGUUUGGAACAGAGUUAGAAGGUGGAAGGUACUUCUUCAACGCCGUCCGCGAAGGAGACAACAUUGUUUUUGCCUCGGACGACGAGAAUGAGUGCCAUUUAUGGGUGAUGGCUAUGUACAGAGCGACUGGUCAAUCUCAUAAACCUACACCACCUGUUUCUAUUGCUGAUAAGAACUCUACCAUUAGCAAAAUACAAGGAGAUGCUGAUCGAGCUAGAAAACAUGGCAUGGAAGAUUUCAUAAGCGCCGAUCCAUGCAAAUUUGAUCAUCCUAGUCUAUUCAAAUUUCUUCAAAAUUUAACUCUUGACUACAGGCUUAAUGAUCCAUACUGUUCUUUAGGAUGGUUUUCACCAGGUCAACUUUUUGUAAUAGAUGAAUAUUGUGCAAGAUACGGAGUUCGUGGAUGCCACAGACAUCUCUGUUACCUUAACGAUCUUCUAGAUCGUUCAGAACGAGGCUGUAUGAUAGAUCCCACAUUACUCCAUUUUAGUUUUGCAUUUUGUGCAAGUCAUAUUUGUGGAAAUCGUCCAGAUGGGAUAGGAACUAUAACACACGAAGAAAAAGAUAAAUUUGCAGAAAUCAAAGAACGUUUAACGCAAUUAUUAGAAAAACAAAUUACGAAUUUCAGGUACACCUUUCCAUUCGGUCGUCCAGAAGGUGCCCUAAAGGGUACUUUAUCUCUUCUCGAACGUGUUCUUAUGAAGGAUAUUUCAUCAAACGGUCCAUCUGAUGAAGUUCGAGGGAUCAUUAAAUCAUGUUUAGAAACAGCAGCACUUGUUAAUUAUGAGAUGUUAUCAGCAGCAGCUAAAAUUGAAGAUGAAUAUAGUGCUGAAGAUGUUCUCCCAGGAAAAAAACUAGAAGAUCUAAAAAGAUUAGCUGAGCUUUGUGUUGAUUUACUUCAACAAAAUGAGGAACAUUAUUCGGAGGUAGCGUUCGCCUGGUUCAGCGAUCUCCUGGUGGAGCACGCUGAGAUCUUCUGGUCUCUCUUUGCCGUUGACAUGGACAAAGUAUUAUCCGAACAACCACCUGAUACCUGGGAAAGUUUUCCAUUAUUUCAAAUUUUAAACGACUAUCUUCGAUUAGAUGAUAAUUUGAAAAAUGGACGAUUUCAUCAACAUCUUAGAGACACAUUUGCGCCUCUAGUGGUACGUUAUGUAGAUCUUAUGGAAACAUCAAUAGCACAAUCUAUUCACAAAGGAUUCGAAAAAGAGCGAUGGGAAAUUAAAGGAAAUGGAUGUGCUACUUCAGAAGACCUUUUUUGGAAGCUCGAUGCUUUGCAAUCCUUUAUUAGUGGUCUUCAUUGGCCUGAUCAAGAGUUUAGGCAGCACUUAGAACAACGUUUAAAGCUUAUGGCGUGUGAUAUGAUAGAAUCGUGUAUUCAACGAACUGACGAUGCAUUUAAACAAUGGUUAAAAAAAGGCGUAACAUUUAUCUCUACCGAUUAUAUAAUACCCUCUGAAAUGUGUGCUAUGGUAAAUGUUAUUUUAGACGCGAAAAAUCAAAGCUUUAAGUUAUGUGCAGUCGACGGAGUUGACGUUCACCAGUACCACGCCAAAAUUGAUGAUUUGAUCGAUAAAACAUCAGCUAGUAUGAAUCAAGGAAUGAUUGACAAACUUGUCGCAGUUUUAGAUGCAACUUUAUCGAAAUUAUCACGUUACGACGAAGGGUCAUUCAUCGGUUCAAUUCUUAGUUUUACGAAAGUCUCUGGCAGUGGUAAAGAAAUGGGCCAAGCUUACGUUAAUUUCACAAGAAAUUGUAUGGAUCAAAUUCGUAGCAAAGUCAUCGACGAAUUAUGGAUUUUGAACUUCUUCGAGCAAUGGUAUACUGAACAAAUCAAAAUGCUUUGCACAUGGUUAUCAGAUAGAUUGGAUCAUAGUCUUCAUCUUUAUCAGUGUACUUGUUUAGCUCACAUUGUAAAGAAAGUUUAUUCAGAUUUUGAGCUCCAAGGAGUGAUGGAAGAUAAAUUGAACUCGAAGACAUAUCAGACGAUAGCGCAAAGAAUGCAGACGGAAGAAGCAACUUGUGCCUUAACAAUGAGUGCUCAGAAUGACGAAGGACUUUCCGAGAAUGGAAAUGACGACGACGUUGAGCGACCAAAAACAAAAGUUACUAUUGUCGAGUCUGCAGGCGCGGAUGAUGCAAACUACGUCGCUAAUCUUACCAAUGUAACGUCUAAUGUUGUAGGAAAAGUUGGAAGUAUGUUUGGUAAAGGGAUCGGCGGUCUUUCAACGAAAUUCGGUGGACCGAGCUGGUUUUAGAUUUAUUAAAUAGUAAAAUCACGAAAGCAACAUAAUACAUAAUACCAAAAAUUAACACUCAAUUAAAAUACUAUUAAUAUUGUUAUUAUUGAUUUUUAUUAUUAUUAAAAAGAAUAGAGAAUAUCUGAAUUAUAAAAAAAAACUACUUAAUGCAUUGAUCUAUAAUAACGACACAAAAAACUAAGCAGAUAGUAAUACGAUAUAGUUCUAUACGUAAAAUUCAUAGAAACGAAUUCUUGUUGUAACUUAUGUUAUAAGAGUAAAAAAAAAAAUCGAGCAAAAUAUUUAUUUUGAUUGAUAAUAGAUGAUGUAUAUCUUGACUGAGUGAAAUAAGUUUUAUUGAUUUGUACAACAAAAUGUAAUGCCUAAAGUUUGAAUGUAAGUGAUCGAAUAAUUAAGAUCAUAUUAUAAUAAAAAAUAUAAACUUAAACAAAAUACUGGUGUUUGUUUGCCAACUGAAUAUAUAAUAACAAAAAGGGCAGACUCGUUGUAUACAUAUUUAUAUACAAGCAUAUAUGAGGGAGCAUUAAAAAUUUUUUGUUUUAGCUCAGACCUUAAAAAUGGUUGUAACGGGAGAUAAAUUUUCCUUUUAAUUAUUAAACGGGUUCGAUAUUCAAAAGUUCUAUCAAAGUUUUAUAAAAAAUGAUUAAUCCUGCAAGCUAUCCCUGAAAUUUUUGGCUGUUUCAAAUUUCAAAGCUAUUUAAAAUAUACUUAUAAAUUACAAACACUUGAAUGAAUUAAUCAAUUUUGUUUCGGUUUGCGGCUAUCUUUUAAACACAUAAAACACUAUGAUUGGUAAAAAAAACUGUCAACAACCGAAACCUCUUUUUCAGGCUUGAGCACAAAAAUAAGUUGUAUUUUUUAACAUUCCCAUGUAUAUACAUAUAUAAUGUAUAUCGCAAAAAAUUUUUUUGUAAUAUAUGAUCGAAAAAUACAUCAUAAAAUACUUAUAGAAAAUAUUUUUGGCGUAAACAUUUUGAAUAUUUAACGCUGUUAAUUAAUAGGAAUAAAUAAUAAAGAUAAUUAAUAAAUGUAAUGUUAAUUACUAUUGUUGAGUUUUGAAAAUUUUGAAAUUAUGCUAAUAAUCGUACAUAUAGAAAAAUACUUAUGUCAUCUGAUGAAGUAAAAUGUGAUAACAGCAAAGGUAUAACUUAGUGACCACUUGUCAAUUGCAAGAAAAUUCGAGUUCGAUGUUACUACAAUUCAUAAAACAAACAUCCCGAAAACAAAUAAUAUCUAUAUUUUUAUUUGUAGACAUAUCACACCUAUAUUAUUCGUGAAUUUUUCUACAAAAAAAUCAGUAAAAUUGAGCCCUUAUAUUUUCCUACACUAUUGAUUACUAAUCUUCACAAUUUGUGUAUUAUCUAUAAUUAUAUAAAAUGUAUAAAUUGUUAUUCCCCUUUUACAGUUUUAAAGGUUAAUUUGAAGAUGGAAAAAAAAAAAACUUGUUGCAACAAUUCAAUCUCUUAAUUAUCUAUAGCAUGAACAAUUUUUUUUAAUUAUUAAAGAAGUGGCUGAAGGAAAAUAUUCUUUCAUUCGCCUAACCACGAGUCUUAUACGACUAAAUUUGCUAAUUAUUGUAAAUUUUCAACUUUCAUAGUGAUAACUUAAAAAUCACCUGUCUUUGAAUUUCCAUAAAAUAAUUUUUUAAAUUAGAGCUUGUAAGUUUAUCGUGUUACAUACGAUUUGUUCCUUUUAAAUUUUUCGGCUUUGUUGGAAAUUUUUGAAAGCUCUUAAGCUACUGUAAUGUUUCAAGACUCAUAAUUUUCGCAUAAAUAUUAAAGAAUAAAUAUUAUCAAUAUUGAAUAAAUUCUUCCUCUUGUCAAGUAUAAAAGUAAAAAGGUUCCUGUAGUAAUAUAUCUUUCAAAAUGUAGGUCAGAGUUAAUUUCUAAAUGGAAAUCUCAAAAUUUGUUUUAUUACAUGUGUUUGAUAGGAAAAUUAUCAAUCUUAAAAAAAUCAAUAACAAGUAUAUCUCUAACAAAAUUAGGCAAAUUUAAGAUCUGAUGCUUUUUAACUAAAUACUUUAAUUUAAUUUAAUUGAAUAUUUUUUAUCAUUAUAAAUUAAAAAACCUUUGAAAUAGAGGUGAGCUAUCACGAUUUUCUUAUUUUCUCUUAUGUAGAAUUAUUUCCAUGACUAUAAAUAUUGAUACCCGAAAAAACAAAGAAAAAAAGACAAGA